CGUAGCGACAGAUUCAGGGUCCGUGAUGCGGACGGAGAUCAACGGUUGAUUAAUUUUCCCAGCAGCUCCUCCCUCGACGCCCCCCCGCCUCGAAUUUGGACAUAAUUCACCACUACGCCCCAGAGAGGGCCCGACGCAUUUCACCAUGAGCUCCCUCAAACAGUUCAUUCGCAACGUCCGCGCAGCGAAGACCAUUGCCGACGAGAGAGCCGUUAUUCAGAAGGAAAGCGCAGCCAUUCGAGCGAGUUUUAGGGAAGAGAGCGCAGACCACAGCGUCAGGAGAAACAAUGUGGCCAAGCUACUGUACCUCUUCACUCUCGGCGAGCGGACCCAUUUCGGCCAGAUUGAGUGUCUGAAGCUCCUCGCCUCACCCCGCUUCGCCGACAAGCGGUUAGGACAUCUCGCGACAAGCUUGCUGCUCGACGAGAACCAAGAAGUUCUUACUCUGGUCACCAAUUCUCUCAAAAAUGACCUGUCUCACUCGAACCAAUAUGUCGUCGGUCUCGCGCUCUGCACCCUAGGCAACAUCGCCUCUGUUGAGAUGUCGCGAGACCUGUUUUCCGAGAUUGAGAACCUGGUAUCCACGGCGAACCCUUAUAUUCGACGGAAAGCCGCUCUCUGCGCCAUGCGGAUAUGCAAGAAAGUCCCAGACUUGCAAGAGCACUUCAUCGAGAAAGCGACACAGCUAUUAUCAGACCGAAAUCACGGCGUAAUGCUAUGCGGCCUCACUCUGGUCACCAGUCUCUGUGAAGCCGACGAGGACGAGGGCGGAGACGAGGGGAUCAUCGACAAGUUCAGGCAAUUUGUACCGGUGCUCGUUAGAACGCUGAAGGGGCUGGCGUCUUCGGGCUACGCGCCGGAACACGACGUCACCGGCAUCACAGACCCCUUCCUGCAGGUCAAGCUGCUGCGCCUACUUCGAGUCCUCGCCCUCGGCGAUGCCCAGGUUACGGAACAGAUCAAUGAUAUCUUGGCGCAGGUCGCGACCAACACGGAUUCCUCCAAGAAUGUUGGCAACUCAAUUCUCUACGAAGCAGUGCGGACCAUUCUGGAUAUCGAGGCGGACUCGGGCCUACGCGUUCUGGGUGUCAACAUCCUGGGCAAGUUCCUCACCAACAAAGACAACAACAUUCGCUAUGUUGCCCUGAACACGCUCGUCAAGGUGGUGGCGAUUGACACGAACGCGGUGCAAAGGCACCGAAAUACGAUUUUGGAGUGUCUGAGGGACCCGGAUAUCAGCAUCAGAAGGAGGGCUUUGGACCUCAGCUUCACGCUAAUCAACGAGGGCAACGUUCGUGUGUUGAUCCGCGAGCUGCUAGCAUUCUUGGAGGUGGCCGAUAACGAAUUCAAGCCGACCAUGACCAGCCAGAUCGGCAUUGCCGCUGACCGGUAUGCCCCGAACAAGCGGUGGCACUUUGAUACCAUGCUACGCGUCGUGACGCUGGCAGGUAACUAUGUCAAGGAGCCCAUCAUGUCGUCCUUUGUUCGGCUCAUUGCUACAACCCCCGAACUACAAACAUACGCGGUGCAGAAGUUGUAUGCAAAUCUCAAGAAAGACAUCACGCAGGAAAGUUUGACACAGUCUGGCGCGUGGUGCAUCGGCGAGUACGGCGAGGCCCUGCUCAGGGGCGGUCAGUAUGAGGAAGAGGAGCUAGUGCAGGAAGUAAAGGAGCACGAGGUCGUCGAUUUGUUCUCGACCAUUCUCAACAGCAACUAUGCCACCCAGGUCACCACCGAGUACCUCAGCACAGCGCUCGUCAAGCUGACAACAAGGUUGUCGGAUGCAGCGCAGAUCGAGAGGGUGCGCCGCAUUCUCCAGAACCAACAAACGAGUUUGGACGUCGAGGUCCAGCAACGCGCUGUCGAAUUCGGCAACCUCUUCUCCCACGACCAAAUCCGCAGAGGCGUCUUGGAGAAGAUGCCACCCCCCCAGAUCAAGGAGGAAUCGCGGGUGUUGGGGGAGGCAGCCAAAAAGACGACCAAGGCGGCGAACCGGAAGUCCAAGGCCAUCAAGCCAAAGGAGGAAGACCUUCUUUUCGACCUCAUGGGCGACAGCAGCGGCCCCGUACCCGCCCCGGCCAACGGCAGCGGGAAUGCGGACUUGCUCGCAGACAUCCUCGGCGGAAGCACGUCACCUCCACCCGCCACCGCCUCCCCUCCCCCUGGCCAGUCCAACGUCGCCUCCAUCAUGGACCUCUUCUCCCAAGGGCCCGUCUCUACACCAUCCCCUGCCCAGAGCGCGGCCGCCAAUCCCCCUCCCAGCGCCGAUCUCUUUUCCACAACAGCCUCGCCACCUCACCAAGCCGCUCCCGCCGCCGCCCCCGCUGCCGCAGUCAGCCACCCCUGUUACGAUAACAACGGUCUUAACGUGACAAUACAGACACAAAGAAACGCCGAGGGCACCAUCCAGGCCUCCGCCCGAUUCCGCAACUCGUCGCCUGCCGGAGCGUUGUCGAACGUGGGGCUCCAGGCGGCCGUGCCAAAGUCGCAGAAACUGCAGCUUCUGAGCAUCUCGUCGACCGAUAUUGGAACCGGGGCGGAGGCAACGCAGAUGAUGAGGGUCGCCGGAUGCAAGGGGCCUCUGCGGUUGCGUCUGAGGAUAGGGUAUUCGCAUCCCACGGCGGGACAGGUGAUGGAUGUAGUCAACUGGGCGGAACCAUCUUGAUAGUAGGGAGGGUACGGAUUUGUAACGAAGGGGGUUAUAGGGGCGUCGUGGUCAAAAGCCAAUCUACGUACCGUUAAGAGUGUUGCGUGAUGAUACCGCUCCCGCCUCAAUGAAUGAAGCAAGUUAUGAGUUGAA